AUGGAAGACAAGGAUUCGGCCCAAAACCAGGCAUUUGAAUGGCUUUUGGAGGAUCCCUUUGUCUAUGAAUAUCCAGGUUGGCGGAUUCUUCAAAGGCAUGCUCUGAUGACCAUUUUCUAUUCCACUGCUGGUAUCAGAUGGCUCAACAACACAGGCUGGGGAAGCUACAAUGUGCAUGAAUGUGACUGGUACCAAAAGCCAGAAUUUGGCUUCAAGUCAUCCAUUAUAGAGGUAUACCCGGGGCUCCAGUCAAGUUUUCUGCAGCACUUACGAGAGAUGCAUUGUGAUGCUCAAGGAUUUGUUCACCACCUUUGGAUGGACCAGAACAACCUUGUGGGUUCUCUGCCUGAGGAACUCUUCAGCAUGACCUCCCUUGAGUCCAUAUCUGCUGGUUUCAAUCAUCUAUAUGGUACAAUUCCUAGCCACAUUGGGCAGCUGAGUGAGUUGAAAGGGUUUGCUGCCUUCUCUACAGAGCUGGCUGGAUCAAUACCAAAGGCCAUUGGAAGCUUGACAACAUUGCAAGCCUUUGUAUUAUAUGACAACAAGCUGGAAGGGUUCAUUCCAGAUGAACUCUGGCAACUAAGCAACUUAGCAUUCCUUAUGAUUGGUUGCAAUGAGAAGCUACAAGGAACACUCCCAUCAAUUGUUGGCACUUUGCCUAAGCUGAGGGUGUUUGAAAUGGAGAAAUGUGGCAUCUCUGGUGCAAUACCACCAGAGCUGGGACAAAUUGAAUCGCUACAAUUUUUGGCCUUACUGGGGAAUCAACUUUCUGGGACUCUCCCAAGUGAGCUUGGAUCCCUCUCCAAACUUGUACACCUUCACCUCCAUUCCAACCUUCUACAGGGGAAUUUGCCUAGUGAACUCUCUAGCCUUACCAACCUGGAGUUCCUCGCCCUGGGAGACAACCGUUUCACUGGAGAAAUUCCUUCUGAGUUUGGGCUUUUCCCAUCUCUGGGUUUGCUUAACGUUAAAAACAAUUCUCUCAGUGGCACUAUACCAGAUGAGUUGUCUUUCCUGCAGGAAACACUUUUCACUUUGCACACUGGGGGAAACGCUUUGCUCUCUGGGGCAGUGCCAGAAUCUCUCUGUACUCUUUAUGGCACACCCCCAUGCAGUGGUUCUGGCUUUGGAAUUUGUCCUGGAAUCCUUGGGACGUCUUUUGGCUGCACAGAUUUGUUGUGUGGGUGUGACUGUCCCUGUUGA